AACCGGAAGUUGAGGUUGUGUUGUGAAAGGCCUUGAAGCAUCCGGGUUUUGUUAACUGUUUUUCUUAAGCCGAUCAAAGGCAUGGACUCGAACGAUACAGGACAUGGAGGUUGGAAGUCGAAGUCUCCUCAGACACAGAAACAUAAACAAAACAUGAAUAUCCUGCGCCAAGAAAAGCUUAUAGCGCAGAAAAAACGGGAAAUUGAGGAAAAAUUGGCACGACAGGCACAGAUGAACGCAAAGACAACAAACGUGAAUAAUAAGUCUCUGCAGUCAGCUUGUUCUACUUCCCCUGAUCUUGCAUUAUCAAACAAAUUUGCAAACGAUGGAAGCUUUUUGCAACAGUUUAUGAAGAUGCAGAAGGAGAAGUCUUCGCCUCUUUCAUGUACUUCAAAUGACAUGAACAAUUCAAGCACCUCUUCAUCAUCAGGAAAUCUACAGCAAAAAAAGAGUAUUCUUUUUGGCAAGCGACCAGGACUUGGUGUCAGUAGCAUGAUUAGCCAAUUCAAGAGCUUCUCUCAGUCCAAGAAAACCCCUAUUUUGAGCCAAAGACCAAGUGCCUUUUGUUCAUCAGAGGGUGAAGAUGAAGACGAGGAAGCUGAUUACUCCAGAUUUUUAGAGAUUAAAGUUUCUCCCCCAGAGGAUUCUGAUACCCGACUCAUUAUCGACAAGAUGGCCUCUUUUGUGGCUGAAGGGGGACCUGAGCUUGAAAGAAAAGCUAGAGAAGACUACAAAGAUGAUCCAGUUUUCUCAUUUUUAUAUGAUAAGGGCAGCAGUGAUUAUCUGUACUUUAAAAGAAAAAUUGCAGAACUACAAAGGGGCCUUCAAAAAUCUAACACUGUUUCUGAUUGUGUCUCCCCCCCAGUGGACCCUGAAACCCAACAAGUCGCCGAGAAGCUGGCUAGAUUUGUGGCAGAGGGUGGAGUGGAGGUAGAAGCGAUCGCUGUGGAACGCAACAAAAACAACCCUGCCUUCAGUUUUUUGUAUGAUCAUCAAAGUUCAGCCUAUCACUUUUACAAGGAGAAAGUAAAGGAGUACAGGGGAGCUGCCUCCUAUACACCCUCACCAGCAACAACAGAGCUUCAACCUCCAACUCCUCCAUUGGCCUUGAACUCCCCAUCUCCCAGCACAGAAACCCCACCUGUAAAGCGGAAGAGAAAGAGUCGAUGGGGGUCUGAAGACGAUAAGGUCCAGCUGCCUAUUCCAUCUAUUGUUAUUCCAGAGGAUGUAGGAUUUCCUCAACCCAACAUACCCUCACUCUCUGCCCAAGAGUUGAAGGGUCUCGGUUACAACAAGGGAAAGCCUCUUGGCCUGGUUGGAGUCACUGAAUUAUCAGAAGAUCAGAAGAGACAGUUAAAAGAACAGCAAGAGAUGCAAGAAAUGUUCGAUAUGAUUAUGAAACACAAGCGUGCAAUGGCAGACAUGCAGGUGAUGUGGGAAAAAGCUAUGAGAGAGCAUCAGCAUGAAUAUGAUAGUGAUGAAGAGGUAGACCAAAGUGAUGGGACCUGGGAGCAUCGUCUCAGGAAAAUGGAAAUGGAGAAAACACGCGAGUGGGCCGAGUCUCUUACUGAAAUGGGCAAAGGAAAACACUUCAUUGGUGACUUCCUGCCUCCAGAAGAGCUAGAAAAAUUUAUGGAGACAUUCAAAGCACUGAAGGAGGGUCGAGACCCUGAUUACUCAGAAUACAAAGAGUUUAAGUUGACAGUGGAAAAUCUAGGUUUUCGAAUGCUAAUGAAGAUGGGCUGGAAAGAAGGAGAAGGUCUUGGAAGUGAGGGUCAAGGAAUCAAAGCACCAGUGAACAAGGGAACAGUAGCUGUAGAUGGAGCAGGUUUAGGCAUUGACCGUCCAGCAGAGCUCACAAAGAGUGAUGAUGAAUAUGAUGCUUUUAGAAAGCGAAUGAUGCUUGCCUAUCGAUUCAGGCCUAAUCCACUGAACAACCCUCGAAGACCAUAUUACUGAAUUUUAGGAAUCACAUCUAAUGUUCAAGACAGUUAAACAAUGAAAAAAUGUUAUGUUAAAAGGAGAACAAUGUAAAGAUAACUUUUACAUUAUAAUUUAAUACUACUUGCAUUUCAGUUAAUGCCUUGUGCAAUAUUAUGUAUUAAGUAUUACAUUUCCUCACUAUAAAGUUACUUUACAAGUUUAGUUGUUGAUGUAUGUUAUGUUUUUAUCCAUCUGUUCAUGCAAAAAAGGUCACUAUUGUUUGUGCUAAUUCACCAUCGCAUGAUUUACUCCACUAUUAAAUGUAAUUGAUUGUGUGCCUAUG